AUGGCAUGCCAACUGGCCUCGGCAUGGCUGCUGCAGAACGGAGCAGGCAGUAUCACAGAGCCCAAGAAGCAGGAAUUGCGGGGCAUUCUUCUUGAAGACUUUGACAGACUCCUAGGGUUGCCCGGUCCACGACCAGCAGCGGUCGAGGAAGAGAUCCAGCUCUUCUUGGCAAGCGGGCGUGCUUCAGAAUCCAACUUCGGCCGCCUUCAACGCAGGGUAGAGACGCGGCUUGCCGGAAGUAGCAGGUCUGAGAGCAAUUACAGCCACAUUACAGAGACUUCAGUGCGCCCGUCUGGCUGCAUGAGUGCGCGGGAAUCCUCGAGCCGCGCAUUUCGCGAGGUGAAACGGGAAGCUGCAGGCGAGCCAGCAACCAGGCCUUUAAGCGCCGUCCCGGAGGAGGAGAUGCUGCGGUGGUCCCAGGUGGCGAAGCUUGCUGUUAAAGAGGCCCAGUUGGAGGAGGUACGUAAACGGCAAGCGAAGAAGACAGCACAGAAAGAAAUGCAAGAAUAUUUGAAACGGCAGAUCGACCAGAAGACCGCCGACAAGCAGAAAGCAGCAGAGCUUGAGAAGAAGCUCUUCGAAGUGCAACAGGCAGAGUUGGAGCGCUGGAAACAAGACCAAACCGUUCAGGCCGAAGAACGGCUACGAAGGGUACAGCAGGUCGUCCGGGAUCGAGAAGUUCAAUCUGAAGAAGUGAAUCGAAAGCGAGAAGCUGAGAAAGAGCAAAAGCUCGAAGAGGACAAACGCCUCGUAUUACGUGCCGCGCAAGAAAUUGAGUUGGAAAAGAAAGCCGCGCAGGCCAAACGAGAGCAGACGAAGCUUGCCCAGCUGGCUUUGGUUCAGGAAGUUGGACAGGAUCAAGCGAAGAGGAACCAAGCGCGGCGGCGACGAAUCGAAGAAGAGAAACGGGCACUGCAAGAGUACGCUGAACUUCUGGACAAGCAGGAGGCCCGAAGCAAGGCGACCAAGCCCAAAAUCCGAGACCAGGUCCCUGCAGCUCCGCCAAAGGUGAAAAGAAAAGGGGAAGAACUGUACCACGACCCGGAGAUGGUUACGAGAAUACACAACGAAGCAGUUGCAAGAGCAGAGCAGGCAGACCUGAGCAAGCAGGCGCAGUUGAAACUUGAGCGACGCAAGAACCAGGACUUUCUCUUCCAGCAGAUCGCAGAACGGGAUCAGCAGAAGAGAUUGCUGCAGGAGCAGAAAGGUGGAUUGAAAGUUGCUGCUCAGGCAGCAGCUGAAGAGCAUCGUGUAACCGAGACGCACCAAAUGCGCGAGCGGAAGAAGCGAUACUUGCAGUACCGGUUGGAUUUGGAGGGCCAAAUGCGAACCAAGCAGACAACGCAGCACACUUUGGAGGACCAGAUGAGCGGGGCAGAAAAGGCAAUCAAUCGUCGGUAUGUCUUCGAGGCACUGCAGAAGACUUCGGACCCCGAGGCAUUGCCAGCGCCAUGCACGGCUGAAACUGUGCCUUAG